AUACUAUCACAUUUAUUAAGAAUUGCAAUAUGCAUGAAGUCCGAAUUCCACGCAAGCAGAUAAGCUUGCGGUUCCCUUAACAAAUCUGUAUAAAUAACAAAGAUUCCCAGCCAAAGUCACAGUGUCUUCCAGCCUUUCAAGCCAAGCUAAAGAUGUCUCCUAAAUUCGCUCUUGCAAUUCUGCUGCUCAGCUGCGUUCUCCUAGGAAUGGCGAAUGCCCAGCAAAACAGGCGCUCUCAGCAGUCUAGACCUCUCCGACUAAACGUCAGGCCUCGAAUGAAUCAGGAUGGCUCUUUGCCGGCUGAGGAUGCUGAAGCCAGUGGUGGUUCUGCCACCGUGGAUUGCGUGCCCAAUCUACUGGCUGGUAACAUCCGUGAUACCAGGAAACCUAGGCCCAAGCCAUAGUUAGAAAUCGCUGAAGGAGUCCAUAAUAAUGGGUUUUAAAUGAUAAAUUGAAUUAUAGAUGAAUAUUAUGAAAUAGAUUUACAUUCGAAAAUAAAAGAUUUGAAAGAAAA